AUGGCCACUACCAACGACACCACCAACGACGUCCCGGCUCCCCAGGUCGAGGCUCCUUCCUACAAGAUCGUGUCCCGCCUGGACGGUGUCCCGGUCAUCCAUGACUCGGUGACUUACGCCGACUCCCUGCUCAAGGCGUACCCCGCGACGAACUACGUCUACGCCACUGCCGUGUCCGUCGCAACUCGCUCGUACAAUAUCGUCUCGCCCGUUAUCAACCGUACUCAGCCUAUCCUUAAGUCGGCUGAUGGUCUCGCUGUCGCGACCUUCGACCGCGCUCAAGCUACCUUCCCUUACGCUUUCAAGACCCCCACUCAGGAUCUCGUGGUGAUCAAGCAAGGCAAGGCUGUGUACGAUGCUCGCAUCGCUCCCAUGCUACAGCAGUAUCAGCCCAUCGUGCACGACGUCCUCACCAAGACUGCCGAGAUCAACUCUGCACUCGGUGCGCGCGCCCAGGCCACCAUCGGCGUGUCCAAGGAGUACGCCGACCACCUCGUCGAACAGCUCAAGCAGCUCGCUGCGCAGGGUCGGGUCCUUCCGGGCCACUUGAUCGAGGGCGUUCAGAGGACCACCACCGACCUCAAGGAGAUCGUCCUCGCCAAGGACACCAGCGUGCAGGAGAAGUCCAACAAGGUCGGAGCUUAUGUUAUCGACCAGGUCAAGCCUGUCGUCGACGAGAUCUACAACUACCUGCUCGGUGCCAAGCGCAAGGCCGAGGAAGCUGCCGCCGAGGCAGCCGACAAGACCGCCGACAAGGUCCACGGCGUCGCCAAGGACUAG